AUGACCCUCGGCGCCGUCGCCUUCGCCAUCGCCCUCUUCUGGAUCCUCCUCCACGCCAUCGCCCGUCGCAGCGCCAGCACGAGUUCGGGAACCUUCCUACCCCGCCCCCUCACUUCCUCCCGACCCCGCCUCCGCAGCCACGGACGCCCCACCACCCUCUUCCACACACCCACCACCCGCCUCACGCUUUCCGCCCUUGCACUCACGCUAGAAUCUACGGCUCUCAAUGCCCCGCAUGACACCCUCGCUGCCCGCCUCACCCGCAGACGCCAUGCCCCGCUCCGCCGAGCCCUCCUUGUGUUCUAUGACGCUGGGACCGCACUCGGCGCACUCGGAAUGGCCGCAUCACUCGCUUUGUUGGUGUGGACACUCUGGCAGCUCUCGCAGGUGCUCUUCUACGCGUCACCGGUUCCUAGUGAUGUGGCGGCGCCCGCCUUGGCAUCCGCUACUGCCGCACACGCGAAACGGACGUUCGAGGACGCCAUCAUACCCGCGAACAGUGUCAUAGCAAGCGAUGGCAUUCAGCUGAAGCUACUCAUUCCAGGCGUGACCGUCCCGCUUAGCCACCUCCUGCCUCUUCUCACUGCUCUCUUUCUCUCCCAAGCGAUACAUGAAGGCGGCCAUGCCCUCUCUGCAGCCCUCGACUCUGUCCCCCUCAGCGCGCUCGGUGCUUCCCUCAACCUCUUUCUCCCAGCCUUCUUCGUCGCUCUCCCAUCUUCCUCCCUUCAAACCCUCCCUGCGCGCCCGCGCGCCCGCAUCGCAGCCGCCGGCGCGCUCCAUAAUCUCGCGCUCUACGUCCUGCUCAUCGCACUCGCGCGGCUUGGUGUCGGCUCAGCCGCGCUUUGGACAAUAGGGUACGAGAACGUAGGGGACACGGGGCGCGUGGUUGUUUCUGUCGACGAGGACUCUCCGCUUGCACCCCACAUCCCUCUAGGCGCGCUUAUCACUGCGCUCGACGACAUCCCCCUUGGUAUGAGCACUGAUACCAGUGCGAGCCACCUCUCCGCAUAUACCGCCAGCCAAUAUGCAGACCUAUGGGAUGCCUAUCUCACCGCGUCUGAUCACCCGCCAGGCUUUGACCCUGGCACCGACGCGGGCUGGGGCUGGUGCAUACCCGAAUCCUGGUUCCUCUCUCAAGCAUCCACCUGCUGCGCCCCACCCGCGUCCCUGUCCUUCCCCUCCCUCGUCUGCUUCGUCCCCGCUUCCGCUCGUACCCCCUCGCCCUUAUCCCCCGCCUCCACAUCCAUUGACCCUCCUGGCUCGCACUGCCUGAACCCCGUCCCUCUCCUCCACCCCACGACCCCACGCUGCGCCCCACGCCAAAGCUCUCACCAGAGUCCACAACCCUCCACAUCCCAGACAUGUCCUGACCCGUCCGAUAUCUGCGUCCGCCCUCGCACAGACGCGUUCCUCCUCCGCAUCACGCUCCUCGACACCGACCACAGCCCUCGCGCCGACUCUGACCCCAAUUCCGACGCGUCCACAUCCGCCUCCGCGACCGCCAAAACUAUCGGCCACGAACACAGACGCGCACACGAACGUGUCGUACUCUGGCGUGGUCCCAAACUCGAAGUAUGGGAACAAGUGCAAGUAUCCAUGCUCCGCCCACGCUGGACAUGGACAUGGACGUUCCUCCCAUUCCUUCUCACCCUCCCAUCAACUACUACUACCUUUUUCUCGUAUCUCAAAACCCUCACGCUCUCCCUCUUUCUCUUUAACCUGCUCCCCCUUCCCCGACUCGACGGCUCCCCACUGCUCGACGCUCUCUUCGAGCUCGAGCUCGGGCCGAGCCCUCGGUCCUCCGCUUUGUCUCCGUCAUCAUUCCGGACGCGAGAUGCAUCAGAGCUGGAGGAAAUGGAAUUGGGCUUGAGCUUUCAGCCAACGGAAGGAAGCGAGAUGGGUCAAAAUUUGGGGCACAAGCACGCGCCUUGGAAAGAAAGAGCAAAGAGGAUCGUCCGGGGCGUCACUGCAAGUUUGGUCGGCUCGUGCGCGCUGCUUGGAAUCGGGGUGGCAAUGAAGACGGCGUGGACUUGA